ACAUAUAUAUAUAUAUAUAUAUGAAGCAAAAUAGUGAAUGAAAUAGAUCUUAGCCUUGCUUUCAAGGAUCUGACAAUUUAACUGAGGGUCUCUUCUCAUGGCCUUUUCCAGUUGCUGCCAGCUUUAUUUAAAUGGUUCAGAGACUGAAUGGUAAGUUGGUUAAUAUUAGAAUGUGGUGGUAUCUACGGACAGGACUGGCCGGGCCAUGGAGCCAGAGCAGAUUCUGGAGGGGCAGACACAGGUCGCCAAGAACCCCUAUACCAAGUACGGGCUCACCAACAAUGUGGAAAGGAUAGUAGAAAAUGAGACGAUUAAUGCAGAAAAGUCAUCAAAACAGAAGGUGGAUCUCCACUCUCUGCCAACUCAUGCCUACCUGGAUCAGACAGUUGUGCUUAUCUUAUUACAGGGGCUCGCUAUGCUGGCAAAGGAAAGACCACCAAAUCCCAUUGAGUUUUUAGCAUCAUAUCUUUUAAAAUACAAGGCACAGUUUGAAGAUCGAAACUGACUUACUGGGAAGAAUAGAGAAAUUCAGUUUCUACUCUCAAUUUACAUGGCUAUGAGGCAGCUUUAAUUGCCAUGAUUCCCCCCACCCUCUCUUGGAUGUAUAAGCAGCUUCAGGACAACAGAACUUGUUAUGCAGAAGAAAAUAUCCUCCUUACUUUGAUUCAGUCACCAUACUUAUUUAACAGGUGUAUUCUGUGUAAUUUUCUCUCAGAUUGUCUUCAAAUUUGUUUUUCAAAUGGCCUUCAAAAUAAACCAUUAAAACAUCAACAAAAAAAA